AUGGCGCGCUAUUGCGAGGUGCAACACUAUGCUGCUGGCGCGGGCGAGGCCGGCCAGGUGGCCCAGGAAGUCACCGUGCUAGCAGAGAGGCCGAACCUGAGCCUCGCGAAGGUGAGGACGGCGGAAGCGCAGGAGCUCAGCGAGCGGCGGGUGCGGCUUCUGAAGGAUGCGCACCUCCGGGCAGAGCAGCAGGUCGCCGUGCGAAAUACCAUGCUUGAGCUGGCAGACGAGCUUGACAGGGCUGCAGUGAGACGCCGAGAGUUGGAGCAGGCCAUGGUGCAGGAGCAGCUGCAGAGCGCGAAGCUGCAGGAGGAGCUCGCCACGUGGCCGGAGAAGUUGCAGAAGGUGCGGGACAAGUGGGAGGCCCUGCGCGUUGAGACGGUGACCUGGGGCAUCCGCGCCUCGGCACGGGAAGGGGCAGCCUUCCCACUGCUGCUCACCCUGGCCACCGAGGCCUCGGCAAACUCGGCAGGCAGCGUUGACAAGUGA